AAGAAGCGAACAAAAAUAAGGGAGAGAAUAUUGUACUCAGCUUAACAUAUGUUCUGUACCUCCUUUUUAGUGCUAAGUGCGAGUGGCGAGUCAAUGUUACAUUGUAACAUUUUAUUUAUAUUGACAGCAGCAAACUCCACCACCACGGCAUAUCAACAACCACCAAUCAACAUUGCUGUUGUACACACACAUACAAACGCCAAAACAAAAAGGAUAUUGAUUUUCCAACGAGUGCGAAGAAGAAAGAGAAACGAACGGACUUUACAAAUGAAAAUCAAAGCUGAAUCAUACUUUUAGCUCGCGGUAUACAAAAAAAAAAAUAAUAAAAUAUGUAAAAGUUAUUUCAGCAAGCCAUAAAUUUGAAAAUAGUACCUAAAAAAGCACAGAAAGGUGUAAAAAAGGUUUAUAAAAAUAGUAAAACCCAAAAAAAUGCUGUGCAGUUCACAUAAACAUUAACGAAAAUCCAUACCCUCAAGUUUUUACUUUGCAAGAACGGUCUUAACAAGUGAUACAAAAAAAGUGUAAAAACCAAGACCACCAAUCACCCAUUACUUCAAAAAACGGAUAUUUUCCUCUCCAAGCAGCACAGUCUACACUUCCUUGGUAUCUACAUAUCCACAUAGUGUGGCCCUUAACACUGUGGAGCAUUUUUUUUGAAAAAGAAAAAAUCACAUCUCCUAUUCAAAACAAUGGCUUUAGAUUUUGUUGCGACCUACAAAGUCUUGGUGUUGGGCGAUUCUAAUGUCGGCAAGACAUGCAUUGUCCACAGAUAUUGUGAUGAAAAGUAUUACGACACAUACAUCUCCACUAUUGGCAUCGACUUUAAACAAAAGCUUAUCAAUCUUGAUGGAGUACCGAUAAAAUUGCAAAUUUGGGAUACAGCAGGUCAAGAGCGCUUCCGCACUUUAACAACUGCAUACUACAGAGGUGCCAUGGGUAUUCUACUUAUGUACGAUGUCACUAAUCUAGAGAGCUACAACAAUUUAUCGUAUUGGUUAAGAAAUAUACAAGAGAAUGCCUCACCGGAUGUGGUCAAAGUUUUAGCUGGAAACAAAUGUGAAUGCUCAGCCACUCAACGAAUGGUGGAUAAAGAACGGGGAGAGAAGAUUGCCGAAAAUUUUGAUAUGCCAUUCUUUGAGGUAUCCUGUAAAAAUAAUAUCAACAUUGAAGAUGCUUUCCUAUCACUAGCUAGAAAAAUACGAGAACAACGAGAAAGAAGGGGUGAAAAUUUUGAUAACGACGAUAAACCACAAGAAAAAAAAUCUCCUGGCUCCAAUGGCUUAGGCACAUUUAGCCUAGCCAGUUUAUCGGAGGCAAACCGUUGUUCUUGUUAAACCCACAAGAAUUGGUAAAACUAUGUCUUAAAAUAAACCAAAAAUUAAAUUAUUUUAAAGAAAUCGUUUAAGUAAAUUAUGAUUAUUAUUAAUAACAAUUAUCAAUUAAUACAUUAAACACUUGUACACAAACUCGUGGGCUGCAACAAAAAAAAAUCCAAAAAAAUAAACAAAUCUUGUCCAAAUAGCAACAAAAGUAUAAUAAUGAGAAAAACUAAAAAAAAAACAGACAUUUUAACGCCAAACUAUACAGAAUGAUAUAGUGUAUAAACAUUUUAAAUUUCUAAGUAAAUGCUUUUGGGUUUUUUGAAACCUUGCAAAAUAUUUUCAUAAAACGCUUUGGAAUAUAGGGAAAACCGAAUGUUUUUUCUUUCUGUUUCUUUUUGUGCAAUUUCAAAAUUCGCUGCUGAAAAGUCUGACACGUAUGUAUUGUGCAAUAACAUUUAUUUAUAUUUACGGAAUAUUUUUUUUUUGAAAAUGAUUUAAGUCAAUUUCUAAGCCAAGUUCGAGUAUAUAUUUGCUGAGUUUAAAUCUCGAUUAAAUAAAAAAUUCAAUUAAAAUUU